AUGGCUGGACUAACCGUAUACCUUAGCGUCCUCUUCCGACGAAAUGCCGUCUUCCUGAGCUCGAUGUUCGUCGGCGCGUUCGUAUUCGAAAUUGCAUUCGACUCGAUUAGCGACAGAAUAUUCGACUCCAUCAACAAGGGUAGACAAUGGAAGGAUAUCCGAUACCAGUACAUUCAGAAGGCCGAGGAGGAGGAAUAG